AGCUCGACAAGCAAUUGAAUCUGAGAGUCAACUAUUGCUCGCUCCUUCCAUCCCUUGCAAUCCCACACAACUGAAUGGGGUAUUUCGAAUAGAAUUGGCACGACCGAUAAAAGACACCAUUCAAGUUAUUCGACAAGGCAGAUCUUUGGUGUAUCAUAUUAAUUUUCCCUCGGACCCAAAAUUGCCAACAUUAUCCGCGAUAUGGUUUAAUAAUCGGCAAUAUUGUGUCGGCCCCGCAGGGGCUAGUGGAAGUAUCAUAGCCAAUAUUGAGGUGGGGCAUAUUGUGUACCUUCCGAACGAAGAACCACUGCCUCAGGAUUUUCAGCCGUGGCAUCGAAAUUCGAGUGGCUACCGCAUAGACAAUCCGUACUACAAUAACAACGCCGAAUGCGGUGUUACCGGUUACUACACCGAUAGAACAAAUAAACUGAUCCCCGAUGGUGAGACCUCAUUACCAGGCCAAUGGCCGUGGGUAGUCGCAAUCUUCGUUAUUGAAACAGGAGGGUAUCGAAGAACACAGAAGUUUCGAUGUGGUGGUUCACUUUUAACAAACAGACAUAUAUUAACAGCGGGGUACUGUAUGAAACUGCACGUAACUACCAGUAACGAAACAGUACCCAUCGACAUGUUGGAAGUGGUUCUGGGGCGAUUUAACUUGAAUCCAUUGCGCGGAGAUAGAUCUGCCAAUCGAAAAGUCGCGAGCUACGUGAUUCAUCCCGAUUAUAUUCACUAUCUUAAAGCUGAUUCCGAUCUCGCGGUUGUGACCCUCAAGAACAUCGUCGAGUUCACUCCUCUCAUCAGGCCUAUUUGCCUAUGGUCCGGCUCAAGUAAACUUGAAGACGUCGUUAGUAGGACGGGAUAUGUCGUAGGAUGGGGUAAAGACAAGUUUAAUCGUCGUGAUCUUGACGAUCAGCGGAUGGUGAGGGCGACGAUAGUGAGUCAAGAGAUCUGUCUCUGGACGGAUUCUAGAUUCAUUUUCAUGAUAUCGGAUAAUACCUUUUGCGCUGGUUCGCAAGAUGGACUGGGUCCUUGUCACGGUGACGGUGGAAACGGGCUGAUACUUUUGAAUAAUAUCACUGGCAGUUAUGAGUUGCGUGGUAUUGUUUCGCGAGCUUUACCUUCUGGAAAUUCGCUCUGCGCUCUAGUUAAAUAUAUCAUUUAUGUUGAUGUGGCCAAAUACAUACCCUGGAUUCAACAACAGAUUUCGAUGUAACGUUCGUCUAACGUUGCAAACUGCUAUACAUGUUAAUCGAUAAGUUUCUUUAUGAAAGUUUAUUCGAAGACGCAGUACUUAUGUACAUAUGUACAGUUACGCGUGAGGAUUGUAUGUGUCUUGUAAUGUGUCUCCUAUCUGAAUACAAAACAGAAUGAAUAAGGUGCCACAUAUAAAUUUCUGUCAUAUUGAAUUUCUUAAUAAUAAAGAUUAUUAAUAAUAA